GAAGGAAACAGACUGUGAUUGACUAUGUGGACCAUCUGGGUGAUCAUCUUCUGGAUUUCAGCUGUCCUGAUCAGAGCUGUCCCACCUGUCUGUGACCUCCUGAGUGUCCUGAAAAGGGAGGAAGAAAACUGUGCUGAGACUCUCUCCCUGGAGGCAAAGAACAGAACGACAGAAAAUGACCUGCUCCUCAGCUCAGGCAGAUGUGCUGGAAUGUGGGAUAACAUGAGCUGCUGGCCUUCAUCCACCGUGGGACAGAUUGUCAGUGCUCAGUGCCCUGAAUUCUUCCAGAUGCUGACUGGGAAAAAAGGUUUUGUCUACCGAAACUGUACAAGUGAAGGUUGGUCUGACCCAUAUCCAAGACCUGAUAUCGCUUGUGGCUACAAUGUCAAUGACACAACAAAUGAGGCAAGACGCUCCUAUUUCAUGACUCUGAAGACCAUGUACACCGUUGGAUACUGCACCUCUCUCGUGACACUGAUGAUAGCCUUAGCGGUCCUGAUCUCUUUUAGAAGACUUCGCUGUACGAGGAACUAUAUCCACAUGCAUCUCUUCAUAUCAUUCAUUUUGCGAGCCUCAUCCAACUUCAUCAAGGAUGCCGUUUUGUUUUCCUCUGAAGACAUAAAUUACUGCGGAGCAUACAUGGCUGGGUGUAAGCUCACCAUGGUCUUCUUUCAGUAUUGCAUCAUGUCUAACUACAGCUGGCUCCUCGUGGAGGGACUGUACCUCCACACCCUCCUGGUUAUUUCUUUCUUCUCGGAAAGGAAGUUCCUCUGGUGGUUCAUCGCCCUCGGAUGGGGUGCCCCAACUGUAUUUGUGGCUGCAUGGGCAACUGCUAGGCAACUCCAUGAAAAUAUUGGGUGUUGGGACAUCAACACUAAUGCCAAUACAUGGUGGAUCAUUAGAGGCCCUGUAGUUUUGUCUAUUUUUAUUAAUUUCAUUCUUUUUGUCAACAUUUUAAGAAUCUUGAUGAGGAAGCUCAGCUCACCUGAAGGACGGAGCAGUGAUUUCAACCAAUACAAGAGACUUGCAAAGUCAACACUCCUCCUCAUCCCUCUCUUUGGGGUCCACUACAUAAUCUUUGCUUUCUUCCCUGAAGAUGCAAGCAGUGGCACAAUGGAAAUUCAGCUGUUUUUCGAAUUGGCUCUUGGAUCAUUCCAGGGCUUUGUUGUGGCUGUACUUUAUUGUUUUCUUAACGGUGAGGUUCAGCUGGAAGUUCAGAGAAAAUGGAGGCAGUGGCAUUUAAGCAAACACUUGCGUCGGCAUCUCAGCACCUCAGCAAGUAAUGGAGGAAGCGGCUUAACUCAAGAGAUGCAGAUGGUGAGGUUGAGCCCACCAGAGUCCAGGAGAGCAACACUCCAAAGAUCAAGAGUGCUUUAACACUG